GGAUCCUCUCGAUUUCCUCCUUUGUGGAUUGGCUUCAUAAUGCCUACUUUCCAAUCAUGCGGAAGGCGACGAGCUUCCAGGUAGUGCCGAAACAAUUGGCAGAUUGGCUCGGCGACAAACGCAGCCACUGUUUUCAGGAACAUGGGUGUAACUCAUCUAAGCCUGGCGAAGAGUUCCGAUUCAACUCAUUCUCAUCAUCAUGUUCGCAGUAAUUUAUAUGUGCUCCAGGUCUUUUACACUUCCCUUGCUUGCAAUGCCCAAGAACAAACGGUCCAGGCUCGAUGUUGGCGCCAUACAAGCAGCUGAAGCUAUCACUGUUGUUCCGGAAAAUAAGCGCCCCACUCUGGACUGCAGCCAAUGGCCUUUACUCCUCAAGAAUGUGCAUCUUAUGAACAUUCGUGAAUGUCACUUUGAGCCAGACACUACCGGCUAUUCACCUUUGCACCGUCCAAUUGAUGAACAUAUUCAGGCCGGCAUCAUUAACCUGGACAAGCCUUCUAACCCGUCCUCCCAUGAAGUCGUUGCGUGGGUUAAAAGAGCUUUAGGUGUUGGUAAAACUGGACACAGCGGAACGCUAGAUCCGAAAGUUACAGGUUGCCUCAUCGUGUGUAUAAACCGGGCCACCCGUCUCGUAAAAUCUCAACAGAGUGCUGGCAAAGUUUACAUAGGGAUAUUUCGACUACAUGAAGCCCUCGAUGACUAUAAACGUAUUCAGCAGGCAGUGGAAACCCUGUCGGGUGCACUGUUUCAGCGUCCUCCACUAGUAGCAGCCGUGAAACGUCAGCUGCGCGUUCGGACAGUAUAUGAAAAUAAGCUACUUGAGUACGACAAAGAAAAAGGAUUAGGCGUUAUCCGCGUCACAUGUGAGGCCGGGACUUAUGUUCGGACAUUGUGUGUUCAUAUCGGUUUACUUCUGGGAUGUGGAGGCAUAAUGGAAGAGCUGCGCCGCACGCGCUCUGGCAAUUUGACCGAAGAGGACAAUAUGGUAACAAUGCAUGACGUACUGGACGCUAAGUGGCUUUAUGAUAACAGACGUGAUGAAUCAUACCUCCGGCGCAUAAUAAUGCCUUUGGAACGGUUGCUGAUUAGCCAUAAGCGCAUAAUGAUCAAGGACACGACUGUGUGCGCUAUUUGCUAUGGAGCUAAACUCAUGUUACCGGGUGUAUUACGUUACGACAAUGACAUUAAUGUAAAUGAUGAAAUCGUCCUAAUGACAACUAAGGGCGAAGCUGUUGCCGUUGCUAUUGCACUGAUGGCGACAGCCACAAUUGCAACCUGCGACCACGGUCUAGUGGCGAAACUAAAGCGUGUUAUCAUGGAACGUGAUCUGUAUCCUCGGCAGUGGGGACGAGGCCCAGUGGCCAUGGAACGUAAAAAGAUGGUUGCUCAAGGCUUGCUAAACAAAUAUGCUAAGCCAGGCGAAACUCCUCCCAUUCCUAGCUCUAUCCCUGCUCCCAAACGUGAAAGUAGUGCUCACUCAAAUUCCAUGGCAGUCGAAGAGCCAGAUGCGGACGUCUUUAAUGACUCAAGUUCGGACGACUCCAGUGAUGAUGUACAAGCUGCAGAGCCCCAGAACGUGCUUAAGGUUGGCUCCUCCGAAAGUGACAGUGAUUAGCUUGAUGUCAAGUGUACAGCAUGAUUAUACAAUGAGCUCAACUUGUGACUUUUGAAUGUGUUCUUUCUACCGUAUUGGCUAAGUCGUUUCUGCUGCGGCGCUGCUUGCUUCACGUGAACGUGCUAGUUCAGCAUCCCAUUUGUAUGCUGCCAGCUAUUUCAUAUAGGUUAUCUGUCGACUGUCUAUUUUGACAGUUGUAGAGCUCGAUGCGUCCAUCGUCGUAUUACUUCAAAAUCUCGAAAGAUACAAUUAGGAUACUGAUCACUAGUUCCUUUUGGAUUGUAGUAUGACAUCGCUGUGAGUUUCUGCAUCGUUUUUCGACCAAAGUUGAUACGGCCGUGCACGCAUUGUAUUAGUCGUGUACACGACACCAUAGUAUUUCUUCAAAUAUAAACUUCAUCCUGCAUCGGCCGUCGCGCAGAUUAUCAAGGGUCGCCUUAUCUGCUGCAUACAGCAGGAUGGAUGAGGGAAAACAUGCUACUGCU